UUUGGACAGAGCAAACUAUUAUCUGAGCUUCCUGAUGUUAAUGUUAAAAUAAUACAUGGAUGAAAUUAAAUCUGGGCUAUGUGUAUGUGGAAAUACCAACACUCUGCGUUUUGUUUUAUCUUGUUUUAAUUCACAGCAAGCAUGUGGUUCUAUCUGGCACUGGCAGUCUUGCUGUACUUUUUAAUACGGUUGUAUCGGGAGACAAAGAUUGUGGAAAACCUCACAGAGAAAUAUGUCUUCAUCACCGGCUGCGACUCUGGUUUUGGGAACAAGCUAGCUAAACAGCUGGAUAUUCAGGGUCUGCAUGUGUUGGCGGCCUGUUUCACCCAGAAAGGGGCAGAAGAGUUGGAGAGACUCACAUCUGAUCGGCUGAAAACCACCAUUUUGGACGUCACCAGCACAGAGAGUGUGGCAGCAGCAACCGAGUGGGUGAAAGAACAUGUUGGGAACAAAGGGCUCUGGGGCUUGGUAAACAAUGCAGGCAUUAUCCAACCUGUUGGCCCCAAUGAAUGGAUGACCAAAGAGGACUUUGAGAAAGUACUGAAUGUCAACCUCCUUGGGCUGAUUGAUGUGACGGUGCACAUGUUGCCUCUGGUGAGGAAGGCCAGGGGAAGGAUUGUCAACGUGGCCAGCAUCCUGGGUCGACUGUCUUUCUAUGGAGGAGGCUACUGUCCCUCUAAGUAUGGGGUGGAGGCUUUUUCUGACUCCCUCAGGCGUGAGCUGCAGCCAUUUGGGGUGAAAGUAGCCAUAAUAGAGCCAGGCUACUUCCUGACAUCCAUGACCAAUGCCCAAUACAACCUUGACUGCUUGGACCUUCAGUGGACCAGCACCCCACAGGAAAUCAAAGACAGCUAUGGCCACACCUAUUUCAACAAUUUUUACAAGUCUUUAAAAGAAAAUCUUAAUUCUCGGUGCAGCACAAACCUCUUCCUGGUCACAGAUUGCAUGGAACAUGCCUUGACGUCCCAGCAUCCACGUACACGCUAUUCUGGGGGCUGGGAUGCCCAGUUCUUCUUUGUUCCUCUCUCUUACUUGCCCACAGCCUUGGCAGACUUGAUCCUCACCUGGUCAUGGCCAAAACCUGCUCAAGCUGUAUAAAGUGGAGCAGAAAAGUUUGGGGGUUAUUUCUUAGAGGGGGAUGGGGCUGAGAGUUAGUUUUUGCCCCUCAUGCUGGAUACCAGAAAAGUGUCUUUAAGUAUGUAGAUACUGAAGCAGGUAUCUUCACUUUUGGAUUUACUUUGUUGUUGUUUUAACCAGAGCUGAAGAUUAUUGAACCGGAGCCAGAUACAACAAACUUGCAUUGAGCGUUUAAGAACUGGGUCUCCCGAAAUACAAGCUGAGCCUAGCAAUUUGUUUUUAGCACCAACUGAAUUGAGCCCACAGUUCUUUCAUAUUGUUGGUGGGGUUGACAUUAUUCCAAAGUUAUACAAUGUAGCCCAAUUAAAGAGGAGUGCUAGGAAAAGAAAAACAAAUUUUUGAACUGUGAAUAUCAGAAUCCCCCCUCUUCUUAGACACAAUCACAGACCUAUAGCUAUCACCACUUGAAUCCCAUUCCCUCUAUUUCUGCAUGUAAUUGAUUAAAAAAAGCUUUCUAUUAAGGUA